UUUUAAAUUUUUCCACCUAGCUACUUUUUUUGUAAUCUAGCUACACUUACAUUGCAUAAGGAAACUUAAAUUUUGAUAGCAAAUUAGCACACUUUUUUUCUUUUGUAGUGAUUCCAACUGCAACAUGCUUCCCUCCUUAUGGAAAUUGUGAUUGCAUGAUCUUAUGUAGCCAACAUCACACAUCCUCAAACAUGACAUGCUUUCAUAUUCAUUAAUGGAAAUCAGAAUCCAGCAAAAAAGGGGUGAGGCUGGGAAGAAUAAGGUGGCUUCAAUCAGCAAGAAGAUGAGAGGAAAAUCAGUUCCAUUGAAGGUUAUCAUUGGCCUUUGCAUAGCAUGCUUUCUUGCAGGCUCCCUUUUCACUACAAGAACACAAUCUUCCGACGACGGCCCCCAACAUCUAGUAGACGUCGACGAAUGUGAUCAUAACACGCAACGGAAACUAGGGGAGAAAAGCAUGACUGGGGAAGUGGCUGCGAACGGGAGCAGAGCAUUCGUGGUGAUAGGGAUAAACACGGCUUUCAGCAGCAAGCGGAGGAGGGAGUCGGUGAGAGAGACGUGGAUGCUGAAAGGGGAGCAGCUGAGGAAGGCGGAGAGGGAGAAGGGAGUGGUGAUAAGGUUCGUGAUAGGCCACAGCGUGACGCGGGGAGGGAUCCUGGACCGGGGUAUUGAUGCAGAGGAAGCCGAGUACGGAGACUUCCUGCGCCUCAAUCAUGUGGAGGGCUACCACCAGCUGUCUACCAAGACGCGCUUGUUUUUCUCCACGGCUGUUGCCAAGUGGGACGCUGAGUUCUACGUCAAGGUUGACGACGACGUGCACCUCAACCUUGGGAUGCUCGUCACCACUCUGGCUAACCAUAGGUCGAAGCCCCGGACCUACAUUGGAUGCAUGAAGUCCGGCCCGGUCCUUUCUCAGAAAGGAGUGAAAUAUCACGAGCCGGAGUACUGGAAAUUCGGGGAAGAAGGGAACAAGUAUUUCCGGCAUGCUACCGGACAAAUCUACGCGAUCUCUAAGGACCUUGCCCAUUAUAUUUCGAUCAAUUCAGGGAUAUUGCAUCGGUUCGCGAACGAGGAUGUAUCGCUCGGAGCGUGGCUGAUCGGAUUGGAAGUGCAACAUGUGGACGAUCACUCUAUGUGCUGCGGAACCCCUCCAGAUUGCGAGUUCAAAACUCACGCGGGGAGCGUGUGCGUGGCGUCAUUUGAUUGGCAAUGCAGUGGGAUAUGCAAAUCAGUAGAGAGAAUGAAGAAGGUGCAUAGUGCGUGUGGAGAAGGUGAUGCCGCUAUUUGGAGCCUUCAUCUCUCCAAUUAACCACACCAUUAUUUUACCAUUUUCCAUUUCAUUAUUCAUCAAUAAAUUAGUUAAAUCUCUCUACCUUUCUCCCACUUUCUUUAUUUCUCAUUUCUAUUUUUGUUCUACAAAUUAAUUACAACUGUUAUUCACUGUUUUCUUUGAUAGCCAUAAAUUUGUUUGUUAUUCCUUUUUUUCGCAUUUAAAGUGCCUAAAAUGUCGAGUGAUGCUUUUAAGCCACGAUGUGAUUUGUUAUAAUUUUGAUUCAAAUAAAAUUGGUUUAUUUGCAA